GGAAUUCACCCAGAUUUAUAAGCCCUACGCUGGUGAAUGCCGGAAAACGGAAGAAAGACACAGAUGACGUGGGUUCUAUCAUUAUCGGCCAAGCAGAAUAUAAUGAAUGUGGUGAACGGAACAAUAGAUUUUAUCCUUUUCCAGCACUAAGUUGGUAUCGUACGACUACUCUUUGGCAGCAGUGCAAUUGUGUACUAGCACUGUAAUCAUGAGGCUCGACAACGAGCUCCCAGAAAACCCGCUCUCCACCUACGCCCCCGCAAAAUGGCCCGAAACCCUCUCGCGGCAAUUUCUCGACUUCGGCGCCAACUACUACACUUCUCCCGCAAAGGGCGCAGAAGCCAUUGCACAGCGCCGCAAGUCCGCGACCAACCUCGCCGCCGCCCUUCUAUCCCACUUCUGCCCUUCCCGUGUCGGCUUCAAGCUCCACACCGACACAACCGGCAGUCUCUCCGCCACGGCCCGCCUGCACCGCACUAUCAAGACCUGGUGCGCGGCGGCGCUGCAGCUCGACGACGGCUUGCGGACACACAUCAUCUUCAACACCAUCGCUGACCGCACCGACGAGGCGGCCAAGAGCCUCGCGACUAAGGAGGACAACGCGUUCUGGAAUCACUUGGAGCGUUGGGGCGGACUGCCGAUGCGGCUGCUUCAGAUGACGUCGACGAAGCUUGGAGGGACGCGGAUUCAGAAGGUCAUGGUGGGUGGAGAGGAGGUGUCGCACGCGUUGGUUGUGCUGGUGAUUGGGACUCAGUUUGAGUUCUACACUUUCAGUAAGAGACAUGGCCAUGGGGAUAAGCUGGUGCCGUGGUAUGGGGGUGGAGUGGUGGAGCCGGUGGUUAGGGAUGGGGAUAUGGAGCGGAAGCCGACGAAUGUGCUUAUGGCGGACGAGGAGGAUAUGAGGGGAGUCGAUGCGUAUAUCGAGGCGUAUCUGAGCUUGAUGUGAGUGGAGUAGGGGUGCCAGGGGGUGAUGGCUUGGCUGUCAGGUAGGCGGGACGGUUGGAUGGGCCGAUUUUGGUGGGGGAUCUUUGGGUAGAUUAAUUCAAAGGCAGGUUGUAGGGCUAGCGAUAUCAUAGAGCGGCUAUCGGCGGAAUGGGAGGGUGGAAAGCUCUGCGAAGCGCCCUUAAGUAGAGCAAUCAUCAAUAAAAGAGUAG